CUAAUCACCGCCUGUGUGCUCCUUGUGCAACACCAAUACCUCUUGAUGUCAUACGGCGAUGACGACCGAGCGAUGUGCUCACGUCCCACCAAUAAGUACUGUCAAUAGCGAAGGCGCGCUAUACAUGUCAGACUCGGGCGACCGAAAUCAGGGCCGGAAGAGCGGGACAAGUCGUGAUCAUUCAACGCUGCAUUGAUGACAAGUUCGAGGGAAGGCCGCUUUGAGUUCCAGACCCGAGCUAUCUUCAAGUCCGUGGGCAACCUGAAUGAAAAGACGACCUCUUCGCCAGUAUCGAACUGAAGAAGCUGACGUAGAUCUGAUCAUGGAUUUUGUGCCGAUCCUGACCGUGACGAACAGCCGCCGUCUCCCGUUCGUCGAGGUCGCAAGGUACGUUAACUCGGAUGUAAGCACUCGAAUCGCCAGCCAAUGAUCCGAGGGCUGGUAGUUUGAAGACUAUCAUAAAUCUGCUUCUUAUCCAGUGACAGAUGGGACGGCUAGGGACGGCUCUCGUUGUUCUUACCCUUCCACCGUCGGACAGCCGCUCGUUUCUGCUCCGCCCUCUGCGUUUGCUGGAUAGGCGCGACCCACCGCAAUACACGGAUAAGCUCUCUGCCGAGGUGGUUAGUCGGGUGCACGCCUAGCUCAGGUGCCCGACACGUUUUCCGCCGCAUAGUUACCUUGUAGGCCGCCUAGAUCCCGUUGCCCUCGACUGAGGCCAUGCUCCCAUAUCGUCCAUCCGUUCCCUCACCGUCUCUGCGCGAUUUUCUCAACCCGACCCGCUACAAAACGAUAAUACUCAUCGUCAUACUCUCGUUUACCUACGUCUGCAUCGUUCUCAGUGGCCGCUCGUGGAACUUGGUGUUCCUGUCGCAGGAUGCGGACUUGGUAUUUGAGCCGAACGAAUCCCAGCCCGGUGAGCUCAGGCCAGUUCGGUACAGAUCUGCCGUGUAUCAUCCGUUCCGUGUCCCGACAAUCGAAACCUCGCUCGCAAACCAGACGGUGCGGCCGAUCAAAGCACAUAGUGCGCUUUCCCGGGAGUGUUUGGAUCGAUGGGUGUCGACGGGCCAGUGGCAGGAGCCGUGCAGACACAGCAUGGUACAGGACUCCAAGAUUGAUCUGGUCUACAUCUGGGUGAAUGGGUCAGAUCCUUUACACUUCGCCUCUCGAAACACGACAUUGCACGACACCAACGGAUAUCGCACCUCUGAAGCUCGAUUUCGAGAGCACGGAGAGCUGCGGUACUCGAUCCGUGCAGCGCAGCGAGCUACCGCAACAUGGCCCGAUGUCACUACGCACAUCGUCACUGCUGAUGUUCCUGCGCCGAAUAAUGACACUUACCGCUUGGGCCUCGUGCCUCAGUGGCUGGAUCCCACAUGCGCAUCGUACACUUUUUCGCCCCAGAUCGACCAGGAGAUCACCGUCCAGCAGGGUCAAUCACCGAUCCGCUUGCAUCAUGACACCCAACUCUUUCGUUACACCGCUGAUCCCGGCACUCGGCUACAAUCUGAAGAUGCCGCCCUAUGGCUGAGCAAUGUUUUGCCAUCCUUCAAUAGCAUGGCCGUUGAAUCACAACUUGCACAUCUCAAUCCCGAUGUGGUGUCUGAGAAUAUUAUUGCGCUCAAUGAUGAUCAGUUUCUGAUGCUUCCUGCGCCGCCGUCCGCUUUCCAUAGCACUCUUUACGGGCCCGUCUUCCGGAUCCAAGACAACUUGAUGGUCGAUGGAAACGAUCGGGGGAUGGCGGACGGCAACGGCGAAUGGCGCUCCCUUCGCUGGAGCGCACAGGUCCUUGACAAACGGUUCGGGACACGGAGACGGCCCUAUGUCCAGCACAACGCUCGAGCUCUUUCCUUGCCUCUGAUGCAUGAAGCAGCCCUCACCUUCGGUUCAGAGUUUGCCAACACGCCUCUUUCCCACUUUCGCGGCUCUCACGACGUCUCCGGCGAAUACGAGAUCAACACGAUCUUCCUCGCGUCGCACUUCGUGAUCGAGCGCCAUAGAGAAGCCCUGCUCUGGUCCUGGGUGAUUGGGAAAUGGGGUUCUAGAACGAACGGCGUCUUCGAUAAGCGUGUCAAAGCCGAGAUGUGGGCUGAUCUCGGCGGUCAGCAGGAGAUGGAUGAUCUGGUCGUCCAGGCUCCCGAACGCGCGACCAAAGACCAUGUCGACUUGAAUAUGCUCAUAGCCGGGAUUCAGCCCCCUGAAGCCAUCGAACCUGACAAACAGAUGCAUACUUUGUACAGCUGGGUUUCCAUGGAUGGGUACACCUCCGAUUACAAGAAUUUUCCGAAGAAGACGACACAUCGAAGGAGUGCCUGUCUAGGGACAGAACCGGAAGACGCCUGGGACGUCUUCAUUAGAUUACUGAUGGGUCAGUGCGGAGACUACGUCAUCACUUCCUUGACACGCAAAUCCACGUCAGGGCUGAGCGCAUUCCUCCCUGAUCAUACAGAAGCCAAGGAAUCUCCGGAGGACCCUGUCACACUACCUCUCGAACUGCCAAAUCAGAUGCCGCGGCUACCCUCCAAUCCCAGAGCUUUUGCCACACGUAUCAUACAGCGAUAUGCUUACGUCAUCGGUGACUCCCCAACGGUCUUCAUGAGCAUGAAGGGUGUUCUUGGCGCACAACGCAUCCUGGAACGCGUCGAUCGAGAGAGGAAAACUGCGCUCUUUUGUUUGAACGAUGACCUCAGUAGCAACCAGAAGGUUCUCGGUGACACUGAUACUCUCCUAAGACGCUGGUUUGACGGUCGCUGGCCCGACAAGCUUCACUGCGAGACGGGACGAUAGCUGUUGUAUUUUGAUCUCAUUUGUACUUGUACAGUUGGCUGGGUAGAAUUGUAGACGUACAGUCGUUUAUAAUCAAAUCACUUUGUAGAUGCCGCCAAAUCCGAAUCAGCCAAUCGAUCGAAUUGUGGCAAAGUUACAAGGGCACUGGCGACAGCGACGAAAUUACAAAUUUGUGGAUACUUCAAUACAAAAUCACGAAGAGAGAAAGUCAGGCAGAUCAAAUUCGAAGCCACGUCAGCCACUGUGGUCGCGGCACAUCUCGUGUAUACAAGCGAGCCAGGGAGCUCGCCAGAGGACGAGUGCCGAGUUUGAGUGAAUGAUCCAAAUUUUGAGAGAGGCGCAGCUGAGGAGGCCGCAGGAGUCCUUGGGGUGGAGCUGACUCGUAUGAUUGGGAGACGGCGGUGUCCGACUCGCUUUCAGAGGUCCUAGCACCAGAACUCUGCCCGGAGUAAGAAAUCAGGGCACUCGGAUUGAAGAGAGCCCGUACAUGAGUGGAAAACACACUCGGGCUUGCACGACAAUGUCUAGCGCGUAGUGCAGAGAUUUCAGGAGGGGUCUUGUACCGGGGCAAGCCGCCGCGAACAGCCUUCUUGGCAGGCGGAGGUGGAAUGAGUCGCGAGGCCGGAAUGUGUCCACCAGCCGCAUAAUAGCGCGGCAUAUCGUUGGAAAACUCAGAUGGAUUCCCGGCGGGUGGAAUCUGGAAGGAAGUAGGUCUAGCGGGCGGCGACGCCCAGUCACGGUCCACGGUGGCUUGCCCGAAUGGACAACCGACGAGAGACUGUGCUGGGGCAUCCAUGAGCACCAAGGCAGGCCUGGCCAGAUCUGUCAGCCUUACCUGCAAGGCAUGUCUCGCGUGCUUCACGAUGGGACUGCUGCAAGCCCUUGUAUACCCGCUCUGCUCGAACGGAAUCAGGCGUUGUGUCGAGAUUGUGGUCGACCUCCAUGGGCUCAAGGGCAAGUUCAUCGAUUUCCAUGGGCUCAUCGGGUUGGAACCCCAGAUCGACAAUGACGAAGUCGGGAUCUACUUCCAUAUCGUCGGACAAGGAACGAGGGCCGGAGAAGGUCGUGCCGGUUCCGGUAGUACUGCCAAAAGCGAAGUAGGUAGGGAAUGAGUUCCAAGCGAUGUUGCUGAAUGCUGUAAAGGUGCUCGACAUUGCGGAUAGAGAGGCAGGGGAGUCAGGAGCAAGUGCGAGUUGUUCAAAUAAAUCAUAGCGACGUGAUUCUGCUUUAUACACUAGUGCUUUGGAGUUCACAUUGAUGCCGCUUUGCCUACUUGAGAGACUAAACAAUAAAAAUCAGAGAGAAAGCGCGCGCGUAACACAGAGAAGCGGUGGCAGGUCAAAAGUGUUAUACUAGACACUGAGCGCUUUGAGCCUUGAUGAUUGAUGGGAGAUCAUUCGAUAGUGCUUUGACCCGGAUGAACGAGUAUGUAAAUCUGUAAACACGGAGCAUGUAAUGUGGAGGCCGCCGAAGGCUAUGGAAAGCAACAUGGCCGCGGAGGGUGAGAUCGACGAAAGCGGGAGGCGUGGACAUGAUCAUCAGGACAAUUGAUGGGAAUUCUGCUUGUCCUGGCUUGCCGCUACCACCACACCUCUUUCCUUCUCAUGCACCUUCAGCUGUAACCUUGUACCCUGUUGUUCUAUCAUCUCUUGUACCCCUCUUCCAUCCGCCAUGCCCCACGACGCGGCCUCUCAGAGCCUGCUUUCUCUCUCCCUGGCCGCUGCGGCCGCCCAACCGAUCCACAUAUCUGAUGCCGUGGCUGCCAAUCCACCCAGGCAUCCGCCGCCGAUCGGCCAGGCACCCCACAGGCGCUUGUCCUCGACAAACAGACACCGUAGGCUGAGCGACGCGAGGGAUGCAGCCACUCGUCCCCUGGCGGUCGGUAGCCCGACACUGGCGAUGAAGGGCCUGUCGCUCUCCUCUUCGGUUUCUCCUCCGCCAGCUGGUCUCGCUAUAGCCGCUAGCGCUCCGGCGGACAGCAGCUCACCGAUACCGAUUGGCUCUGGGCGCAAUAAGAAACGCGGGGUGGACCAUAAGUGCGAAACUUGCUCAAAGAUCUACCGCCAUCCCUCGUGUCUUAUUAAGCACCGCUGGGAACAUACCCCCCAUUGGCGCACGCUGUCGUCUUUACCCCAUUCCGCUUCAGGUGGCGUCCUCACCAAACAUGCGCAAGUGCAACUUCUCGAGGCGGCUGCCAUUCUUUCACACCUGAAUACGGAUACUGGCACCAGUCUCCCGGAGGAUCGGAGCAUGUGGCCUAGAUGGGUCAGCGGUGGCACGCUCGAAGGUGACGGCGACGUUCCUGCCUCGUAUGGGUCAACUGGGUUCGGCUCGGUCGCGAGUGCCAGUGACUAUGGUCAUGGGACUCGGACUACGGGGAGCGUUCCCGGCCCGAGAUUGCAUGACUAUGAGGUUCCGCGAGGCGUUCAGGUCCGCUCCGGUGUCGUCGAGGUUCCUCAUCCCCGUACCGGGCGUUAUGGGAACGGACAUGGACAUGUCCACGGGCAUAGUGUGGGAAGUGCAUGGAGCGUCCCGCGUUCUGUCAGUGUCUCGGCUUCCGUCUCUUCGGAGCAAAGCCGGUCCCGCUCGACGCCCAGCGACGAUGAGGAAGACGACGACCGAGCGUACUCAUACUCCCGAGGCACGCGUGUCUGGAAACAUGAAGAAGAGGAAGAGUUUGGUCUCGAGUUCGAUCUCGGGGGCGUCAGAGAAGAAGAGGGUGAGGAGGAUAUCGACGAGAAGGGCGAGGCUCGUCGCUGGAACGGCAUGGAAGACAUCGACGAUAUCGAUAUGGACAUGGAUUGACAUGCCCAUCCGCAACGCGCCACCAACCAGACGCACGCUCGAAACUUUCCUCUGGGACUGCUUAUCUCCUCUUAGCAUCGCAUAUAUGGACCCGCUUCUCCUUUUACUUUACGGCUUGCGUCUUCGAGCGGAAGGAUUUGAACGAAUCGACGAAUAACUCAACACGAAAUCAAUGUAUCUGUAUCAUUAUAUCUAUUCUUUCUCCCGAAUGUGUUGUACAUACAUCAAAUUCAUGACGCAAUUUUGACGAUGGAA